AUUUCUAUUUUAAGUGAAAUAUUAAAAAUUAUUAUAAAAAAAGGUAAAUAGAUGACAUUCCUCUGUUAAAUCAUAGACACAAUUGAGCAAAAUAAUUUUUGUAAAAAUUAUUUACAAAAACAAUAUUAAUAGAAUAUGGCAAAAGAUCAAUUUCUCCGAAGUAUUUUUCCAACUGCAGAGGUUGGUUUUGCAUCAUCAAGGACCGAACUCGAUUUUAGCAAUCUACAAGAACAUAUUCGUUAUGUUGUUGCAGCAUCACAAAACGAGAUCAAACCAAAAGAGGAAUGUGAUUCAAGGGAUGGUCGUAUUGGUAGUCCAUUUGUAUCAGUAGAUAUAUCAAGUCAAUGUGGUACAAUGAAUAUUGCUCUUGACAGAACUGAGUUGGAGAGUCAAAGCAACUUUAGCAGUGUUCGUGCUAACGUGUGUGUAUUCAAAGGAAAAUGGAUGUAUGAGGUGCUGUUAGGAUCUAAAGGUAUAAUGCAACUUGGUUGGGCUACAAUUCGAUGUCGUUUUACUAAUCAAGAAGGUGUUGGUGAUACAUCAGACUCGUAUGCUUAUGAUGGUCAUCGUGUACGUAAAUGGAAUAUGUCAACUGGAAAAUAUGGAGAGGAAUGGAUGGCAGGUGAUGUAAUUGGAUGCCUUAUAGACAUGGAUGAAGGAAAUAUUUCUUAUAGCAGAAAUGGUUGUUUGAUGGGUAAUGCAUUUGAAGAUAUCAAGCGUGGGGAGGGAUAUGCUUAUUUUCCUGCUGUAAGUCUUUCCUAUGGAGAGGUUAUACAAAUGAACUUUGGUGCAACACCUUUUAGAUACCACAUUGAGGGUUUCUCUCCACUGCAAGACAAACCUCAUCAUGAUUUACUAAAGGCCCAAGAAUUAAUUGCAUCUCUUAACAGAUUGCUCCCAGCACCAACAAGGAUUCCACAAAUUCCUCAACCCUUCUUGUCAAAACAAGAUUCAUAUACAGUCUUGACAGUAUCUCAUAUAUUUGAGCAGCUAGGUCCAAUGAUGUUAGAACCUUCAUGUGCUUAUAUUGUUGAGGCUAUGAUUCUUCCUAUGCUGUUGGAUUCAUGUAAUAUUGAAGCACCAUUUGAAAUGCAAACAGGAAUCAAACAAAUUUUGGAGCUUUUAUGGAUAUGUCUUGAGGAUUUUGAAAUUCAACCUUGUAUGGAGAAUUUAAUUUGGGCAUUAAUAAAAGGUUAUUGGUUUGGUCCUGUACAACCUGACUACAUAAAGCAGCUGAAGCAUUUGUUGGUUGUUUUAUGUUUGCUGCAGCAUGAUCUUUCGCGUCGCAUAUGGCUGAGUGGUGCUUUAUUUUUCAAGUUUCCGUUUGUGUUACACAUUAGACCUCCUGAUGAUAAAGGUAUCAAGAUAGCUUUUCCUGUUGUGUGGUGGGAAGGUUACCAUGAGAUUUCAACAAACAAUAUCAGUAUUGAUUCCGAUAUGGAAUCUUCUCAAAAUUUUAGUGUAUCAAGUAAUGAAAAAAAAGAAAGCUACAUGAGUGCUUGUGAUCUGAUCAAAAAACGCGUUACAGUUUUAGAAAAUAUUCAAGUUGAAAUGUGCAAGAUAUUAAUGCAAAUGGAUGACUCAACUUCAAGAUGGGACACUCGACCUACACGCAUUAUAUUUUCUGAAAAAUUGAGGAAAAUAUUAAAAGAUCUUCAUUUGGCAACAGGAUCACUUCAGCCUGUUCAAGCUUGUUCUGGUCCAGUAAUGACUUGCUUUCUCCACAGACUUAUAAAAGCAUUCAAGUUUCAUUGGGAAGUUUGGGUUAAAGAAACUCCUGAAGCUAUUAAAGUAGAUGAUUUCUACAUUCCACACAAUGUCUUUUAUGAGGAUUCAAUUAAUUAUUUUGAUCUAGCGAGAGUUGGUGGUAUAAUCUCACAUUUAAAGAAAGCUCAUCGAGAUGACCUCAAACAAGCUCGCACAUCAACUUCAUCAACUCGAUAUGGAAUGAAUAUUGGCAGUAGCUCAUCAAUAACAGAUGUUGAUAUGAAUAGCACCACAUUUGAUAAAACAUUAAUUGACAUACUUGAUAGCAUUUGUUUGAUGUAUAAUACAGCUGUGCACAGGCAACUUAGUAAGGUUCAUGGUGUUACAGAAACAAUGAGAGAACAUUCAAAAGCUCUUAAUGAUACUUACAAAAAAAUUGACAAAUGUCCUCCAGAUAGAUCUGAUGUGAUGCAUGAGCUAGAGCGUGCAAAGAAAGUCUUUACUAAUGAGGCAACUGAGGUUGCAAGACACAUGGGAUGGGUCAAAUCUGUAAUAUUUUCUGAAGAAAAACAAGAAGAUCUUCAUUGGCUUUUAAAAGUUGUUCUUCAUACAAUUGAAAUGGCGCAAAGUUCUGGUAAAUUAUAUGUCUUCAUGCCUGAGUUUUAUAUGGAGAAUGGUAUAUAUCUGUUUCAAGCUCUUUGGAAUUAUUUUCUUCCGUUAACUGUAAAUGUCUUUUAUUAUAGUGAAGAAUUUUCUGAUACAUUAUCAAAAAUGGCUAGCUUUCUAGCUACUUCACUGUGUGAUGAUCGUCUAGUAAACCCAGAUGUUUGUGACACAAUUAUUCAGGGUGUUGCAACAUUUGUUUGCUAUCCCCAAACAUUGUUUGCUAUGGAAAAUAUUCCAUAUUCCAGUCAAGAGAAGCUCAUGAGAUGUCUUAUGUCGGCAUAUGAUAAAAGAACCUGGGUCCAUACCACAUGGAUAUUGGUCAGGUUUUGGAGAGGUGAUGGUUUUGGUUUUCGCCAUUCCACUUCUCCUGAUCUUAUUCCAUUUGGUAUUUCAGAUCAAGCGGGCACAAUCAGAGCGUUUACACAGAAGCCAUGUCCAUCCAGAGUCUAUCAAAAACUAAUGCGAAAUCUAUGUCUUGAAGAUGAAAGUCUAUCCAAUGAUUUUCUUAAUGGUGUUCUCAACCAACUUAACUGGGCUUUUUCAGAAUUUGUUGGUAUUCUUCAAGAAAUACAGCAGGCAACUGCUCGAUUGGACAGUCAACUCCCUGAAACAAGACAAUUGCGAACAUGUGGAAUCUGUUUUGAUCUUACUGUUGGCCUACUAAGGGUUUUAGAAAUGGUUUCAACUGCAGUACCAGAGGUGUUUACUGAUUGGCAAAGAUCGUCUGCAGAACUAACUUUAACUCGGUUGUUUCAGGCUGUUCUUCAAAUUCUUAAUCGUGUAACAGCAAGCUACAAAUUAUUUUCUACUCUGUCAAGACUUCAUGCCACAGAUAUAGAGCGUCAAGAUAGAUAUGCAGUUUUGGCGGCUGUGGCAGGAGUUCUGGUGACUCUCUUGCAAAGAUCUAGUGAAGAUAGGAAAAAACUUGCAGUUCAGAAACUUCUUGAAGAACCUAGUUUUCAGAUUGAGUCGGUAGCAUUCUUAGCUGGCAAUCCUAUGCAAAUUGGUUUGACAGCAAGUCCAAUUUUUUCUUUUAAAAAAUUUAAAGAAGUUACAGAGGAAGAGUGUAAGGAAAUAGAAAAUUUACUACAGUAUCUUUCAGAAGAACACACAACAGCUAGAAUGAUAAAACAAGAUUCGGUAGAUGCUGAUGGUCUUUGUACAAUCUGCUACGCACUCCCGCAAUCUGUGAAAUUCGUUCCAUGUGGUCAUUUUUCGUGCAGGCCAUGCAUUACUCGCCAUUUGAUGAACAGCACAGACUGCUUUUUUUGCAAAGAAGUUGUCGUUAAGAUUAAAGACUUUAAUGAGGCGUAAUGAUAUCUUUUCAAAAACAGAAUUUUAUGUUUUAUACUUAAAAAUGAAAUGUGUAAAGAAUUAUGAUUGCAUAUGAAUAUAUGCUUUCUUA